AUGACGCACGCCUACAGCCAGCGAUCCCUCCUAGUUGUCUCUCUGGGGGUUUUAUCUGCCAUCAUGUCAGUCCUAUCGGUGAUUUUAAUUUUCCAGCUCCAGUCUCAACAGGCGGCGGUAAAAGAGUCCCCCUCCUCCUCCGGUUUCUCGGCGAUCCUUCCCGGCCACGUCUGGGCCGUCCUACUGCCGGUGUCCACGGUCCUGUCCGCCCUGUCCCUCACCCUCAAUCUGAGCUCCGUGGUGGUGUGUCUCCUCCACGGAUACUUCUCCACAGAGGUCUGCAGAGGAGAUCAAGACACUGAGAGGGCGGACUGGUUCCUUUUGGACAGCAGAGCGGUUCGACAUGUGGCCGUGGGUCUGUUCUGCCUGGGUGUUGCUGUAUACUUGGCAGCCAUGUCCAUCUUUAUGCUCCUCAUCUUUGAGGUGGAGACGGGCAUUGCCAGUGCCUGUGUCCUCUCCUCUGGGAUCCUGAUCCUGCUGGUUGUUGUGAUUCACUCUCUGGUCAAAGCUUCUAAGACGGCAAAGAAAUACCGCAGCGAUCACCUCAACACUCUGUUCCAAAACGACCACAGCAGCAGUAGCAGCACGCCCGUCUCUCGGCCCUGUGAGCUCAAAAUCGGCGUGGACAAACCGCGGAUGCACCGCACCCAGUCUCACCUCCAGCAUCACAUCUCUUACCCUCCAUGUGGCAACCCAAAACCAAGAGAACUCCACCAGCACCAGCAGUACUCCCCUUCUGGAGGGUCCCAGGGCCAGGCUAGUGAUAAAGACGGUUACAGCAUCGGCGGCAGCUGCCCGCGAAUGCACAGGACACUGUCUACAGAAUCUGGUCUACUGCAGACCCAGGUUAAGCCAUGGAACGGGGUCAACAAUGAGAUGAGGAGCGUCCUUGCACGGAAGUCUGGGAUUUCAGCUAAAGACUCUACUCUUGUGUGACAUUAGUAAACUAAGAUGACCUUCAUUAAAGUGGACGUUUAAUGCAAGUGUCAUCUGUACAUUAGAUACAAAACUGUCCAUUUGUGUCCUUUAACAUGUUUAUCCACAAUUUUGUAAAGAUUUGAACAUGCUGUAUGAACUGGGACCAGGUCAGCAAGUCCAGGGCUACAAAUAUUUGGGGACCUGCUAUGAUUUAUGAAUGCACCUCCCACAUUUGUAGUACAUGUCCACAUUUUAUUCAUUUUGUACAAAAAUCCAAAGGUCCAUUUCCUAAAAUAAAUGCUGGGUGAUACAAAAAUAUAGUAUUGAGCCUGUUUAAAGAUCAAACUACAUUUAUGCAUUACUUUCCCAGGUUUCUACUGUGUUUACUGUUAAGCCGAGGUUCUAAAUUAAACACUUCCAUGCAAAGGACCCCAUUCUGGGUUUAGUCCCAAAAUACCUGCAAUUAUUUAUAGAUAUUCAUCACAUGAUUUAUUCUCAUUCUGUGAUUUUGUGUUUUGCAUGAAUGAACCUGGUCUCAUACAAGUAUCAAUGUUCUGUCAGUCAUUUAUCAUAUUCACAUACAUAAAAUAUUCUGUUUUUGCCCUUAGUCCAAAGAAGGAAAAACUCCUACUGAGCUGUUUACAUGAAAGUGAGUAUUGCACUGUUAUUUCUGUUUAGAUGCAGUCAUUCAUAAUCUCAUUAAACAUUUUAAGAGGUUUUCAGUGGUGACAAAUGUUCCAUUUUAUAGCUCCCUCUUUUAUUCCUUCAAACACCUUCCUGAAAAGGUCAGUGUUUCAAUAAGUGCACGUGGCCAAAACUGCAAAAUCCUUUUUCAUAAUGUUUAAAAAUGUGCUACCUUCCUUAAAUCCCUUUUCUUUUGGAGCAUCGAUGUCUUCCAGAGACGAUGUUUGUCUUUACCCCAGCUUAGCAUAACUAUUGGCCAUGUGUUGCAACUAAUGCAUGUUCUGAAUGUGCUGUACACAUGUGCAAAGAAUUCUCCUAAAACCCAAAUACGAUUAGCAUAUUUCACAAGUCUUAAAGCUGCAGGAGCUAAAUUCAGAGGGAAAAAAUGUCAGAAUUUGAAAAUGCACACCUUCCUGCUGCUCUCUCCCUUCAAUCCAACACUAGAUAUAAAUACCUGUAUACAUGACCUGAAGGUGUAAAAAAGCACAGCAAUGCACUUCAGUAUACAAGCCUUUGUCCAGUCACAGAGCACUAUAGUCAAGUCUGAGCAAAUCUAACAGCAACCACUAACUACAUAUAUUUAAAAGCUCUAGGUUGUAGAUUUUCUACAACCUAAAAACAAAUAAAGUUCAGACAAGGGGUAAAAUUCUUAUUUUUGCUCAGGCCACUUGAAUUAUAAUAAGCUGAAAGGAAAUUGUUGAAGUUUUGCCCAAUGAAGUAAAAAAACCCAAAACAACAACUUUCAAACACUGUAACAUUAAUCAAUAAAUCCCACAGUCAAAAUAGGGUUUACUGUAAGAAAUCCCAAAUUCA